AUGAGCGGCAACUCCCUAAUUUCGCAGAUCCUAACGGAGGCAGAAAUUACAGAACUGGGCCUACAUGGCAGCGUGAUAAAGCACUGCUCCUCUCCAUACAUCAUUAAUAAGAAGCACUUCAUUCAGAUUUGUGUGUACUACCUCCUGAGUACGUUCCUUUUUUUUUUCGUUUACGUCACCCUCACCAUCCUGGUACUCACUAGCUUUAGGACAGAGCUGAACAAAACGAUUAUCCUCGUUAUUUAUAUCUACAUCUUCGUCUUUUUCUAUAUCGACCUGAUUGUAAGUAACACAAUAAAGUAUGAAUUGGUCAGACGGUACAACAUAAAGGAGGUUCGGAAGAGGAUCUAUGGGCGCUUCCUGGGCCCACCCCCCGGGGGGAGUCGCGCGCCGUCCAGCAGUGCGCAGACCAGCGACACACUGACUAGCAGCGCACCCAUCAGCAAUGAGCCUGGAAAAUGCGACGCCCCCCGGGAGUCACCGCGAAAAAAAGCCAAGGCUCCCCCACGAGCAGACAAGGCAAACAAGGCGAAGGAGAAGGAAAAAAAAAAACUAUUCAUCAGUCAGAAGUACUACCUUGUGGAGGAGGAGCAGGAGCAGCAGUGGGAGCGGAAGCGAGAGGCAAACCACUGCGAAGAGGGAAGAAGACGAGCAAGGGGCAAAAGGAUACCAUCACCACCCCCGGACGAGGAAAAGUUUUAUCACCUCGAUCAGCUCAAAGAUGUUAACGACAGCAUCAAUGUAGAGCUCAUGAAGUACAUUCAGUACGAAAACAAUAACUACACAAUAGAGAGCGACCGAUACGAUAUCUUCCUAAUCAUCUCCGGCUUUGUUAAUCAGCUAAAUAUAUUUUUUGAUUUACUUUUCCUCUUCUAUGUGUAUGAUUAUAGCCGGAAGUUAUUUUCUGUUUGUUUGUUUAUUUAUGCAUAUUAUUUGGUCCACUUCGGGAUGCUGAUAAGAUUUUCCAUCGUGAUGAUCCGAGCUCUGUUUAGCAUACACAGGAGGAGUCUAUCGCGGUCGUAUAGAAAGGGCGCGUCGCGACUGCUCAGAGGGAUGAUCUCCAUGAGGGGAAGCAACCAAGUGGUGAACCCACGGAAGCCGAAGAUUUUCUUUAAUAAAUACGUCACUUACAACAGCUGGAGCUUCGCCUACAACCAGGGCGUCUCCUCCAACGGGAGCAAAGACAUGUUGAAGAUGCUUCGUGAGUCUGAUUCGGAAGACAUCAAGCGGGUGAUGGUACACACAGGGAGAGUUCCCACCAAGUGUAUAGACAUACACACGGUGCCGCUAAGCAGGGUGAGGGAAAAGAAGAAAAAGAGCAAACAGACAGACCGACAUUUUCAGACUAAUACAAAAAUGCGACACCCGAAGGAAGACUGCGAAAAGGCUCUCCGUCCAUCAUAUGUCCAGAUCAUCGCCGACAUGUCCUCCUUCCUCUCCCACUACCGUAUUUUGAAUAUAAUGAAAAGCAAGUUCCUCUCCGCGCACAGCAUUUACGAGCACAUGAGCUUCACCCUGGUGUUUUUCGUCUGGAAACUCCUCUACCUGGACGUCGUCCUCUGCCUACUAAAAAUCUUCCUUCUCUUCUACACAAGCGACAUAUUCGCCGUUGGCUUCUUCCUGGCCAUCGCCCUAGCCAACAUCGCCAACUCGUACGUCAUCCAUCUGAUGGAUAACAAUCUGAUGAGCGACAUGGGAACGAGCUAG